AUGUUGAGAUACCUAUGUAUUUACGGAGUAGAGAAUAUGUCGAAAAUCAAGUUAAAUUCCCAUAUGGAAUUCACUAAAGAUAAAUUUGCAAAGAAUCAAGUGAUAAAGAAAAGUUUGGUUACGACUGGGAAAUGUAAAUACAAAAAAUGGUUCACAAAACUUAAAAGGUUUAGAAAAGGAAAACUUGUUCUUACAAGAUACAUACAUUGUGUAUGCUUGUAA